GUUCAGGAAGUCUGGUUACCUUGUAAAGGACCCCGAGUGUGACACAUGGCGUUCAAGCCUCAUCCAAGACUUUCCUCUCCCGGGUUCUCUCUUUUCUUUCUCAGGUACUAUCUCCAUCCUCCUUCAAUAUCAUCAUUUCCACAUCUCUCUUUCUUGUGUGUUUUCUGUGUGUUUCCUAUCCUAUCACAUUCGAUAUCCGUUUCAUAAUCAGUAUUUCCCGACAUCAAGCCCACCCCCCCUUUGGUCGCUUCUUACAUCACGAUAUAAUCCAUGCAUUCGCGUCUUCUGUUUCCGGUUCGAUAAUCAUCGCAUACGAUACGGGCUCCGUUCUUCCCGGCCCAACGCCUUUUCCUAGUUUCGACUUCUCCUUGGUCGACUUACUCAACGCAGAGAUGCUGGUCAUCUCCUCUUCUAAUCUUUAAUCUCAUCUAAGUUCGAUGUUGCCCAGUACUAUGGCCGUCAAGCCAUUCUUGUGCUUGGGCUUACUAUGGACGACCCUUUCGACAGUCGCCCAAGCAGCCGAACCUCAAAUACCAACAUCGAUAGUAGAAACCGUGCCGACAUGCGCAAGGCCAUGCUUCCGUUCAUGGAUAUUGGCAAACCUCGAUCUCACCUGCGGGGGGACAACACCUUCUUUACAAUGCAUGUGCAAGCAAAUAGGUGGCGGAGGAUAUACGUUAGGAGAGGGAGCAGUAGCAUGUAUGAUUGGUGAGAAGGAGUUGGGAAACUGCAAGGACACUACGGCUGGUGUUCAAGCAACAACAAAGGCGUACAACAUUUGCGAUGAUGUUGAUGACUCGGCGUCGAGGACUCACGAUGUCAUUGUAGCAACACUGAUCCUCCCAACGGGAACAGGACAUCUUGCUGCCCCAACGUUAACGAAAGGCACUGGCAGUGCCGCGCUUUCGACCGUGACGAGAUCUGCGGCUCCUGCCUCCACCACUGCUACAGCUUCGCCAAGCACGACAACGAUGACAUCAAGUUCAAGCCUUACCUCCACGACUAGUACUAAGUCCAGCUCGGCCAGUACUGAGUCCAGCUCGGCCAGUACUGAGUCCAGCUCGGCUCAAACCUCAACCUUGAGUACACGUCCGAGCUCCGUUCCAAGCGUGGAGCCCACUGCUUCCAGCACAACAACGCCAGUCACAUCAGGCACACCAGGCACAUCUGCGCCGGCUGGAGCGCCGGCUGAAAAGGAAUCACCGCAACUCACCAGCGCACAGGUUGCCGGGAUCACGAUAGGCUGUGUGGCGGUUGUGGCUCUGGGUGCAGGGCUUGUACUGUUGGCCAAAUGUGUGCGCCGCAAGAGGAUGGGCUCUGGAGAUCCGGAAAAUGGAUUCAACAGAAUGAGGGACUCGUUCAAGAGUUUUGGUCGCAGAAGCAUCACCGGUCCUGAUUUGCUGGGCAUCAGCUACCCGAUCCAGAGGAUUCCUUCGCAACAGGGUACACCUACGUUUAGGCCCACGAAAGCACCAAGGGCUGACGGUGUUGGUUUGGCGGCCCUGCCCGGAUCCGCUUCGGCGUCAAACUCUCCCAGGCCUACAGUCACCAGAGCUACCGCGGGCGCCGCCCCUAUUCUGCCCAUGCCUGCCUUGCCGCCAGCCAUGGUAAUCACUCCAGCUUCCCGGACCCAGGAUCCACUUGGCAAGAAGGAAACGCCAAAGCCGAACCUGACUUUGGCUAUUCCAAAGAACCCACCGAUGUCCGCUGUUGUCCCAGCUGCUGUCCCUAGGGCUGCUCCCGCUCCAGCUCCCAACGCUGCACCUUUGACCGGAAGAGACAGUGUUAUUACUGAGUUCGCAGAGGAUGGCGAGGGAGAUUAUAGGUCGGGUACUGCCAUUUGGCGUCCGCCGCCAAGUGAUCCACAAUCGGCAACCACCUACUACUUUGCUGAUAAGAAGGGCAACUGGGUCCUUAGGCACUCAACUGUAGGCGCGGGUACGAAGACCCAAGCGCCGCCAUACCCAACUUCUUCUGUCGAGUUACCAGGCCCACAGGACAAGACGAAGGCCGAAAGGGCGUACAUGCCCUACACUCCCGGCAUGGUCGUGCCUGCCCUCAGAGUCCCCGCCCGGGAACGAGAGCAGGGUGCCUUUGUGGAAUCACCGGUUGCAAUGAGAGAUGAUGCUCACCCUAGGGACAACGUGGCUUCCAGUAUCUACUCUGAUUACAACGCUCCUCUGACCGUUGUACCUGGCCCGGAGAACCCCAUGCCCGCUGUCCCUUCGGCAGUGCUCUCUGAAAACAAUACCGGGAGGAACUUGACGGGCACCAAGAUCAAGCGCAAGUCAGUCAAGAGAGCAAGCCGGCAACGUCGGAUGUCCCAGGACUCUGCCACGGAGAUCGAGUCAGGAGAUGAAGAAGAAGAUAGCCAAGAUCUUUCGCCCGUGGCGGAAUCGCCUUGCUCGCCGAGCCCUCUUUCUCGCGGAAAGUCGCCGGUGUCAUACCCCAUGAUUCACAAGCAGGCAGAGAAUGUGAACGAGGGCCUGCAACAACUUCGCGAUGCUCAAGAGGCUUUGCGCGGUGGUGGUGGCUCGACCGGUCCCGAACCUCCCAGACGCAACUCCAAGCGUAUGUCAACGCAGCGAGGACAAGGGCAAGCCCAAGGACAGGGACGCUUCCCCAUCAGGAUCGUGACUCCUGAGGAGCGAGACAACGAGGGAAUGCGUAUUGGUGCGGUUCCUCAUGGGACGCCUCAGCUGACCGUUGGGAUGUCGAAGCCCAUGAAUGCCCCUGUUGUUAACCCAAACAGGAACAAGAAUCCUGGACAGAUGAGAACCGGGUCACCUGAGGGGCGCUUCCCGAUUGCUGUGCCGGUUGAGCACCAGCAACGCCAGCAACACCAGCAGUCUCAAAGGAGACAGAGUUCUAUAGCCACUGGCCUCAAUGGCUAUUGGAAUCAGCAACAACAGUUACAAGGACAGGGAGAAGGGUCUGCCUACUACUACCGUGCCCCAUCACCACGCCAGUGGGAGCAACAGCAACGCCAGUUGCAACAAGCCCAGCGAGCGCAACAACAACAACAACAACAAUCUUCCUAUUACCGACCUUCUCAAGGGCAUUAUGAUGUUCAAAUGCAGCAUCAGCAGCGUCAAUCCAGACCUCAACAGCCAUGGCCGAUCUUUGCCCAGCCAGCUCAACCAGAGCAUCAGUCUCAACACCACCAACACACAAGAACCAACAGCUCCUCUCUGCUCACCAAGCGUCUCGGCGCCGAAAAGGCCGCGGCACUCGCCCUCAACCCCAACCCCAACAGCAGCUCGAACAAGAGCAUCGGCAGGCCUGCAAAGGGAUGGGCUAGAGAUGGCCACCAGCAGCAACAGCAGCAGCAGCAGACUGGACCCCAGCAGGCUCGCCAACAGCAGCAACAACAACACUGGCAAGAAGGCCAAGCGCAAAAAGGGGGCAAAAACAACUCUCAAGUCCCUUACGGUGCCAACACAAACACGAAUGAGUGGUACGUGGACUUGCCGCCGCCGCCGAUUACGCCUGGUUGGGUGCCGGAGUUGACGCCGACGAGGAGGGGAGAUGAUUUAUUUUUGAAUGUACAGUGAUUUGCGAUGAAUGUACACAAAAAGGGGGGGUUUUUAAUAAUUUAAUUCGGUUUGUUUUCAGCUUGUCUGGGGUGGGGAGUGGAACUGGUUUAUCUUUCUCUUCUUCUUCUAUACAAUCAUUAACCAACAGUUCAUGAUGUUUAUGUAAAUGUAUCUUAGGAGAUAAAAUGGGGAUGGCAGUCUGGAUUCAGUUUGGCAAGGUUGCAUUGGGCGGUGUUUAAAGGUUCUGGUUCGGGGUUGAGGGUUGAGGGUUGAUACCAUGAGAAUGAACAGGUGAUGAGGGUUGUUUGGUUUUGGAUAUGAUGAUAGAAUGAAAGGGGUGUGAUCAUGCAUCGCUCCUGAGUUAUUCGUUUGGCGUCCAGAACAAUUGAGGUCGUACGUGAGUUGUGUGUCCUAUCGCGGUCACGACGAGGGGUAUCACGG